AUGCUGGAUAAAUACAUAAAUCUACUAUUGCCAUGCAGUCUGGGAUUGAUAUGGAUUUGGCUGACUGAUUCAACGGAUGCCUUAAUGAACUACACGGCCAAACCUCGCGUAGUCCUUCCACCUAAUUAUGUCAAGGAAAUGAGACCACCUUCCAAGAAAGGCUCUCCAGUGAUAGUAGACUUUAGCAUAUUUGUUGUAGAUAUUAACUCAAUCAAUGUAGAGGAUAUGGACUUUAGGGUAGAUAUGUUUAUACAUCAGCGUUGGAACGAAUCAAGGCUCGAGGUCUCCGAUGAUAUAUUCGAGGAGGGCGAUGAUUAUGUGACACUACUUCCAGAAUUCUUCGAUAAUCUCUGGCAACCGGAUCCAUAUUUUUUGAAUUCGAAAAUUGCCGGAUUCGGCAGCCCUUAUAUAACUUCUGGCUCUCUACUGCGCGACAAGGAUCAAAGAGAGACGAAAAACUUUCAUAUCAAUAAAACAUUAAAGAUAGCAACACUAACGCACAAAUUCACCUCAGUGACUUUAUAUAAAAAUAAAACGGUACGCUAUGCGGCGCGAAUGCAUGCGAUCAUCGCCUGUCAAAUGGAAUUCCAACUCUAUCCGAUGGACAUACAGGUGUGCCCCAUAUAUAUAGAAAGCUUCUCAUCGAAUAAUCAAAAAGUGAAAUUACGUUGGUCCGACUCUGGCGUCACUUUGAAUCCCGAGCUCAAAUUGCUGCAAUACAACCUUGGCCAACCGCUCGAACUGGAGGAGAGUGAUGGCUAUAUGCCCGAGAAGGUUGGCAAUUUUUCACGUCUCACAGUGUAUUUCCGAUUUGAGCGGCAAAUCGGACAUCAUCUCAUACAGACGUUCGCGCCGUCAUCGCUCGUCGUAAUGUUGUCUUGGUUUAGUUUUUGGUUGGGACUGGAUGCCAUACCGGGUCGUGUGACGUUGUUGGUCACAUGCAUGUUAACUUUGGUCACCAUGUUCACCGGUCUUAGAGCGGAUAUACCGCCUGUUGCCUAUGUGAAGGCUCUGGAUCUUUGGAUGGCCGGUUGUAUGGUGUCUGUAUUUGCAGCUUUAGCGGAAUUUGUUGUUGUGAAGGUAUUGGAUGUACAAUACCAGUAUCAAGUGAAUAAAAUACCGAAAGUCUUGCCGAUGCGCAUAAGCAACAUGGAAAAGGGUCAAUGUGCAACGGUGGCCAGCUGGGAGGGCGGUGCAGUGCGUUCACGCAAAUCCACACAAACACCAACAACGCCAGGACAGACUUCGUUGCAGGGCAACGGCGGACCACCGAAGCCGGCGCGUCGACAAAGUCUACUAUCGGUGGCCUGGACCGACACCGACACGGGUGUGGAGAAGAUAAUGUGGCGCGAAAUCGAUAAAGUAUCACGUGCCGUAUUUCCUAUAUUAUUUUUCGUCUUCGUACUACUCUAUUGGCCCAUAUUGCUUAUGAAGUCAUCCUAGGAUUUACGGAGUUCCAGAAUACCGAAUUCUGGACUCCGCUGAAACCAUAAUGUCCACAUAUAUACACUUGUAUGUAUUGCGUCGGCGCACAUAAAUAAAGCAAAUUAUUUACUUACAUACAUACGUACAAAGAUUUGUAUGUAUUUGUAUUUAGUACGAGAUUAUGAAACAACAAACACAUGCUCGCAAAUGCAAAAUUGUAGUUAGUGUAUUAUAUGCUACAAAUAAGUAAUGAGUUUUUAGCUGAAAUAACAAAUAUAUUUUAAAUUAAAAAAAUGAUAUAUUUUAAUUGAAAACUCUUUUUAAAGAAGUACCGUUAAUGUUUGAAUUGGAAAUGUGGCUGCUUUUAGCGCUGCAUUUUGAGUAAAAUUAUAUACGAAUUAAAAAAUAAACAAAUAUGUUGCAUAAUGUAGACGCGAUUUACUCUUUUUUACAUAUGUAUGUAUGCUGAUGUAAGAAAUUGUAUUAAAAUUAAGAAAAUAUGUAGAAAAUCAUGUAAUAACAGCGCUUUUAAAUAUGUACGUACAUAUGUAUGUAUAUGAAUUUUCAGUCGUCAGCAUUAAGUUCAGCAGUAAGUACGCAGGAAUAUAAGAAAAAUAUAUAAAAUUUAGCUUUUAAGUAGGUAUAUACUUCUCGUUAGGGUUGUUCUAAUAUUUGCGAAAAAAUAAAAUAAUAAAAUAUAUAUUUAUUUUUAAAAAAUAUAUAUAUUAAACACACAUAUUAUUUA